GUCAGCAGUCUCUGGUCAUUCCCUUCACUGUCUGCAGUCUCUGGUCAUCCCCUGCACUGUCUGCAGUCUCUGGUCAUUACCUGCACUGUCUGCAGUCUCUGGUCAUUCCCUGCACUGUCUGCAGUCUCUGGUCAUUCCCUGCACUGUCCGCAGUCUCUGGUCAUCUCCUGUACUAUGUCCGCAGUCUCUGGUCAUCCCCUGUACUAUGUUCGCAGUCUCUUGGUCAUCCCCUGUACUGUGUCCGCAGUCUCUGGUCAUCUCCUGUACUAUGUCUGCAGUCUCUGGUCAUCUCCUGUACUGUGUCCGCAGUCUCUGGUCAUCUCCUGUACUGUGUCCGCAGUCUCUGGUCAUUUCCUGUACUGUGUCUGCAGUCUCUGGUCAUCUCCUGUACUGUAUCCGCAGUCUCUGGUCAUCUCCUGUACUAUGUCCGCAGUCUCUGGUCAUCUCCUGUACUGUGUCCGCAGUCUCUGGUCAUCUCCUGUACUAUGUCCGCAGUCUCUGGUCAUCUCCUGUACUGUGUCCGCAGUCUCUGGUCAUCCCCUGUACUGUCUGCAGUCUCUAGCCAUCUUCUGUACUAUGUCUGUAGUCUCUGGUCAUCUCCUG